AUGAAUCAUGGAAUCUCUCCUAAAAAGCUGAAACAGUCCACACUUGAUGAGCUGUUUGGAAUUAAAUCCUCUGGGAAAAAAUCUCAAACCCAAAAAGCUGAAACUGAAUAUCCCACCCAUAAAUCUGCUGCUGGAUCUGAGAAUCUUAACAGAAUGAAGUGUGGUUCUCAAGAUGAGGACAAACGUGGUAGUCAAGACACAUGUAGUGAAUUUGAUGAAGAUUUUUCACCAGCCCCUGCUCUUGUAACCAUGUCCAGUCAAGGAGAUUCUGGUAUUCACACACAAGCAUCUAUUAUGACAACAGAUGAAGAAAACAAUAUUGAGCUGCAACCGUCUUGUUUUCCUUUAGAAAAGAUGAAUCGGGCUCCAGCCUGUUGGACCAAAGAAGAAGAAUUUAUAACACCAGACAAGGAUCACAGUGUCAUGUUCACUUUACCUUAUGAUUAUGACAGUGAAGGAGAUGUUCAACCUAAGCCUUCACCUGCCAACUAUACUGACUGCUGGGGUGACCAUCAUGUUAAGAUGCCAUGUUCAAUCCAUAAUGAUUAUGCUGUAGAAGGAAAGCUGAAACAACGUUGGGAGCUUAUCCAGUUGGCACUGAUGUUGAAAAUAAAAUCUUCACAUGAUCUUGAGGCUGCCAUCUUGAAGUACAAUCUUCGUUAUAAAGGUAUGGAAGAAUCAAAACGUGAAGAAUUUUUUGAGAAACAACUUCCCUCAAUGAUUAAACUUGCCCUUCGCCUUCCUUAUAUUUGCACUUUGCCCAUUCCUCUGCUGAAAAAGAACACCAACAGAAGCAUCACGUUUAGCCAAGAGCAAGUGGCCUGCCUUUUGGCAAAUGCCUUUUUCUGUACGUUCCCUAGGCGAAACACAUUCAAACGAAACUCAGAAUACUUCAAUUAUCCCAGCAUAAAUUUCACCAGUUUGUAUCAGAAUGUGACCCCACACACAUUGGAGAAGCUUAAAUGUAUACUGCACUACUUUCGGCGUGUCACAACUAAAAUGCCAAAUGGUACAGUAACAUUCCAGCGACAAUGUCUCAAGGAUUUUCCAGACUGGGUAACAUCCCAGAGAACACUAUCCCAACUUUACUGUUCUUCCAAAGGAACAAUUGAGGACACAGGCCCUGGGUUUCUAGAGAAACAAUUUCUUUCCUCUCCCUUCCGUUCUUUUCUCUAUUUUCUGUUCCUUUCUUUCUUACUUUUUUCUUUUCUCUAUUUUCCAUUCCCUUCUAUUUCCAUUCUUUCUUUCCUUCUGUUUUUUUCUCUAUUUUCUGUUCCUUUCGAUGGUCUUUAUUUCUUUCUUCUCCCAUCCAUUCACUUCUAUUUCCCUUCUUUUUCUUUCUUUCUUUUUUUCUUUUCUUUUCUCUAUUUUCUGUUCCCAUCUAUGAUCUAUCUUUCUUUCUUCCUUCUCUCCUUGCCACUCCUUUCUGUUCCUUUCUCUGUUCUCUGUUCCCUUCUAUGUUACUUCUUUCCUCUUCCUUCCAUUACAUUUAUUCAUUCAUUUCUUUUUCUAUUUUCCAUUCCUUCCAUUCCUUUCUCUAUUUUCUGUUCCUUCCUUUCUCUUCUCCAUUUUCUGUUCCUUCCUUUUCUUCUCCAUUUUCUGUUCCUUCCUUUUCUUCUCCAUUUUCUGUUCUUCCUUUCUCUUCUCCAUUUUCUGUUCCUUUCUCUUCUCCAUUUUCUGUUCCUUAACUUUCUCUUCUCCAUUUCUGUUCUGUUCCUUCCUUUCUCUUCUCCAUUUUCUGUUCCUCCUUUUCUUCUCCAUUUUCUGUUCCUUCCUUUCUCUUCUCCAUUUUCUGUUCCCUCCUUUUCUCUUCUCCAUUUUCUGUUCCUUCCUUUUCUCUUCUCCAUUUUCUGUUCCUUCCUUUCUCUCCUCCAUUUUCUGUUCCUUCCUUUCUCUUCUCCAUUUUCUGUUCCUUCCUUUCUCUUCUCCAUUUUCUGUUCCUUCCUUUUCUCUUCUCCAUUUUCUGUUCCUUCCUUUUUCUCUUCUCCAUUUUCUGUUCCUUCCUUUUCUUCCUCCAUUUUCUGUUCCUUCCUUUUUCUUCUCCAUUUUCUGUUCCUUCCUUUCUCUUCUCCAUUUUCUGUUCCUUCCUUUCUCUUCUCCAUUUUCUGUUCCUUCCUUUCUCUCCUCCAUUUUCUGUUCCUUCCUUUCUCUUCUCCAUUUUCUGUUCCUUCCUUUCUCUCCUCCAUUUUCUGUUCCUUCCUUUUCUCUUCUUUUAAUUUUCUUUUCUUUUUCCUUCCUUUCUCUUCUCUUAAAAUAAAUUUUCUUUCUCUUCUCCAUUUUCUGUUCCUUUUUUUCUUUCCUCCAUUUUUCUGUUCCUUCCUUUUUUUCUUCUCCAUUUUCUGUUUCCUUCCUUUCUCUUUCUCCAUUUUCUGUUCCUUCCUUUUAAUUCUCCAUUUUCUUUUCCUUCCUUUCUCUCCUCCAUUUUCUGUUCCUUCCUUUCUCUCCUCCAUUUUCUGUUCCUUCCUUUCUCUUCUCCAUUUUCUGUUCCUUCCUUUCUCUUCUCCAUUUUCUGUUCCUUCCUUUCUCUUCUCCAUUUUCUGUUCCCUCCUUUCUCUUCUCCAUUUUCUGUUCCUUCCUUUCUCUUCUCCAUUUUCUGUUCCUUCCUUUCUCUUCUCCAUUUUCUGUUCCUUCUUUUCUCUUCUCCAUUUUCUGUUCCUUCCUUUUCUCCUCCAUUUUCUGUUCCUUCCUUUUUCUUCUUCUCCAUUUUUCUUUCCUUCCUUUUCUCUCCUCCAUUUUCUGUUCCUUCCUUUUCUCUUCUCCAUUUUCUCUUUCCUCUCCUUUCUUUCUUCCUCCAUUUUUGUUCCUUCCUUUCUCUUCUCCAUUUUCUGUUCCUUCCUUUUCUCUCCUCCAUUUUCUGUUCCUUCCUUUCUCUUCUCCAUUUUCUGUUUUGAAAGGUUUAGCAACUAUUCAGGUUAUUCAAGCUCAUUUCUCUGGAAAGGAGAUUAUCAAGAUAAAUCUGUUAGAAAUUCAUGGGGACGUCGAGUAUCUCAGCUCACUUGUAUUGAUGCUCUUAUCGUAUCCAGCUAUACCAACCAGUUUAAACAAUGGCAUGUUGUUCGGGAAUUAAAUAAAGCAUAUUGUGGAUUUUAUGACAAAUCUGAGAAGAAAGAAGCUAAUCUUCCUGCUGUGUGUACAGGAAACUGGGGCUGUGGUGCAUUUGGAGGAAAUCACCAACUUAAAGCUUUAAUCCAAUUAAUGGCAGCUUCCGAAGCUCAUCGAGAUGUCUGCUAUUUCACAUUCAAAGACAAGAAACUAGAAAAAGAUUUGUGUGACAUUCACAAGUUUCUCACAUCACGUUCUAUCAGCAUAUGCCAGCUAAUGAAUUUGAUUGAACAGUACAGACAAGACGUAUUGAACCAGAAACCUCUUUGUUCAGAUGAAAUCAGUCUUUUUGACUACAUCUACCAACAGUGUAGUGCUGAUUGA